AUGGAGCUCGGCGACAGCGUGUACGCCGCCGAGCGUAUCAUGAAGAAGAGAAUUAGAAAGAACAAGGUGGAGUACUACGUGAAAUGGAAAGGGUGGAAGCCGAAGCACAACACGUGGGAGCCGGAGGAGAACAUCCUCGACCCGCGCCUCAUCCAGAGCUUCGAGCGCGGCGAGGAGCAGCGGCGGCAGGGGCGCAAGCGCGAGCGCGACUACUCGCCGGCGGAGAGGGCGCGCAGCGGCUCCGAGGAGCGCCACCCGCCGCCCGGCAAGCGCAAGGCGGAGGUGCUCUCGCGCGAGUCCGGCAAGAUCGGCGUCACCAUCACCAUGAGCCCGCCGGCCAAGAGGCACGACUCGUCGAAGCUGAACGGCGGCCGGGGCCAGCACCCGCCGCCGCCGCCGGCAGCGCCCCCCGGCGGGGCGGCGGCGCCCGCUUCGCCCGCGGCGGAGGCGGCCGCGCCCCGCACCGGCCCCAGGCGCGCGCCCCACUCGCCCGAGGAGGCGGACGCGCACACGCCGCCCGAGCGCGAGCGGCGCACCACCGACACCCAGCCGACGGCCGCGGCGCCCGCCGAGCCCAAGGGUGCCCGCCCGCCGCCGCCGCCCGCCCCGCCCCAGCCCGCGCCGCACCACGACGUCGAGGACUCGUGGGGCGAGGCGCCCGCGGCCCAGGCGCCCCCGCCGCCGCCCGCCCCGCCCGCGCCACGCCGCGGUGCCGCCUACUGGAUGGCGCGCUCCCCGGUCGCCGACCAGAUCUUCAUCACCGACGUCACCGUCAACCUGCAGACGGUCACGAUACGCGAGUGCCGCACCGAGAAGGGCUUCUUCAGGUCUCGCGACGCCCGCCCCCUAGACGUCACG